AUGACAGAUCUCAUCCGAGACGCGCCCAUGGGGCAGCUGAUACGCUACAUCACUCGCAACAAAGUCCUCCUCUACCCAGAAGAGAGGCCAGACUUUGAAGCUCCUUCCUCAUACACGAAUCCCGAUCAUCUUACUCAGACAAAGGGAGAACCGCUCAGCACGAUACCAUCGAGUCUCGCAGCCGGAGAUGACGAGAAGAAGCACCUCGAGCCCACCGAGCCAGCCUCACCGCAGUCGCCAUCCACAUCUCUGGAUCGCCGAACGCUGGAAAGAAUCGAAACAUCCCGAACGGAAGUCGAUCUCGAAAAGGCCCUUACGAACCAGCGCACAAACACAUUAUCCCUAGUACCAACCCGGACAGCCCUCUCACACGCCCACACCCAAGCCGAGCUCGCCGCCGUCAUCACAGCCUCAGCUCACCUCGCCAAAGAACCUUCCCAACCCAUCGUCCCACAACGAACAGCCGACGGCACAAUCCUCGUAGACUGGUACACGACCGACGACGCCGCGAAUCCCCAAAACUGGUCCAGUGGGAAGAAGGUCGUGGCCAGUCUGCAGAUCUACCUCUACACCUUAGCCGUCUACAUGGGCUCCUCGAUCUACACACCUUCCGCCGAAGGCAUAAUGAACGAGUUCCAUGUCGGUGUGGAAGCCGCUUCCUUGGGACUGGCAUUAUAUGUUCUGGCGUACGGCACGGGUCCAUUGAUCUGGAGUCCGCUAUCUGAGAUCCCUUCGAUUGGCAGGAAUCCGCCUUAUAUGAUUACCAUGGGUAUCUUCGUCAUCUUGAUCGUGCCCACGGCAUUAGUGCAGAACUUUACCGGACUCUUGGUGCUCAGGUUCUUGCUCGGCUUCUUUGGCUCGCCGGCUCUGGCGACUGGUGGCGCGAGUCUGCAGGACAUGUACUCCCUGAUCAAGCUACCGUAUGUGCUCUGUCUGUGGGCUCUUGCGGCCACGGGAGGUCCCGCCCUCGGUCCUGUGAUCUCUGGCUUCAGCGUCACGGCUGAGAACUGGCGAUGGAGCAUGUGGGAGAUGCUGUGGUUGUCCGGGCCCGUCUUCCUCGCUAUGCUUCUCUUCUUGCCCGAAACCUCAUCGGCAAAUAUCCUGCUCAGAAGGGCGCAGAGACUCAGGAAGUUGACCGGCGAUAUGAGACUCAAGGCGCAGUCGGAGAUUGACCAAAAGAACAUGCGACCCAAAGACGUGGCUUUCGAGGCGCUUGUGAGGCCGUUGCAGCUGAUCUUUAUGGAUCCCGCCAUUGGCUUCACAGCCGGCUACGUUGCUCUCUGCUAUGGCAUCUACUACAGCUUCUUCGAGGCCUUCCCGCUCGUCUACAUCGACAAAUACCAUUUCAGUGUCGGCGAGAUGGGUCUUGCUUUCCUCUCUAUCCUUAUCGGCGCACUGCUCGGCAUAGCAGGCUAUUACACCUACCUCUACUACGUCGUCGAACCGGACAUGAUCAAGAAUGGUCUUGGCAAACCUGAACGACGACUUAUACCUGCACUCGUGGCUAGCUUCUUGCUGCCUAUUGGACUGUUCAUGUUCGCAUGGACAGGCGACGCAAACGUGCACGUCCACUGGAUCGCCAGCAUCAUCGGCUGUACCAUCUUCGUCAUUGGCGUCUUCAUCCUGAUGCAGUGUAUCUUCGUCUACCUGCCUUUCGUCUACCCGCAAUACGCCGCCUCACUCUUCGCUGGCAACGACUUUGCGCGAUCCGUUGUGGCCUUCGCAGCGGUCCUGUUCAGCCGGCCGAUGUAUGUCGGCUUGGGAAUUGGUCCAGGUACCAGUCUACUGGCCGCAUUGACUACGGCUUGUGUUGGUGGAAUAUUCGUCCUGUUCUUCUAUGGAGAGAAGCUUAGGGCUAGAAGUCGGUUUUCUGCUAAGUGA